AUGUGCCCAGCCUACAACCUCGCGAUGAAGGAGGUGGCGGCGGCUCUGGUGAACCUAGUGCAUGGGUUCACGUGGCGGCUGCCGAACGCGGCGGCACCCGAGGACGUGAGCAUGGAGGAAUUCUUUGGGCUGAUGACGUGCCGGAAGGUGCCCCUUGUCGCCAUCUUCGAGCCUAGGCUGCCGGAGUGCCUCUACGCUUGUGUGGACUAA